UUAGAUUUUGUCUCAUUUGAUUAUAAUGUUAAAUUCUUGUAUUCCCACGUGGGCUCUUUUCAUCUUAAAAUAGAAAUGUAACUAUCAAAUUUCUCAAACGCAAUAUAUGACAUUUGUCUCGGGGUAAAAUUUUCGAUUGGAAGUGUUGUGGUGACGUGCAAUUUUUCAUUGUGAUAUUUCUAAAAAAUGGGUAAAAACAGUAAAAAGCAACCUCAGAGAAAUGUCAAAAUACAAAAUAAACAUAACCUGAUACCCGAGAAACAGGAACUGAAGGAAAAAGUGGAUCAGUUACUUAAAUUAAGUACAUCUAUAUCUCAGCCAACAAUCAUAAAAAAGGCAUUGGAUAAUCAUUGUGAAUUAUCGUCACUCAUUGAUAAGAUAAAGAAUCUUGAACUACAAAAAUCUAUAAGUGAUAAUGGAGAAGGUAGUCGGUGUACGCCUGAAAAACUUGAAUCUUUUUCCAAAUGGUUGAAAGCUAAUGGUGCUAUUUUCGAUGGUUCCUCUAUCGCAGAAUUUCCAGGCUAUGAUUUAGGUUUAAAAGCUGAUAUCGAUAUUCCCUAUGCUUCACUUUUCAUAGCAGUUCCUAGGAAAUUGAUGAUGACAGUUGAAGGUGCAAAAAAAACUAUGUUAAAGAAAUACGUGGAAAAAGAUCAAUUACUCAAAAAUAUGCCCAAUGUAACAUUAGCAAUUUAUCUUUUGGUUGAAAAAUUUAAAGAAAAUUCGUUCUAUAAACCGUACAUCGACAUUUUACCAAAGUCUUAUCCAACAAUUCUUUAUUUCUCAAAGGAAGAACUUGAGGUUUUGAAAGGAAGUCCUACUUUAGAAGUUGCUCUAAGACAAAUAAGGAGUGUGGCUAGGCAAUAUGCUUAUUUUCAUACAUUAUUCUCCAAUAAUGAUGAUUCUGUGAGCAGAUUGUUGAAGCCACACUUUACGUACCAAGAAUAUUGUUGGGCAGUGUCUACAGUAAUGACUCGACAAAAUAUGAUUCCUUCUGACAAUGGGGAAACCAAAGUAUCAGCUCUCAUACCCCUUUGGGAUUUAUGUAAUCAUACGAAUGGAAUGAUAUCCACAGAUUACAAUCCUGCACUCAACAGAAGCGAAUGUUUGGCACUCCGGGACUUCAAGAAAGAUGAGCAGUUGUUCAUUUUUUAUGGACCAAGAACGAACGCCGAGUUCUUCAUUCAUAACGGGUUCAUCCCUAACAAUAACGAAUAUGAUUCUUAUUUCGUUAGACUUGGAAUUAGCAAAUGUGAUCCACUAAGAGAUAAACGAACUAUACUUCUGAAAAAAUUAGACCUUGAGAAUACACAAGAAUUCAAAUUGAGUAAAGGAGAAAACCCCAUCAAUGGAAAACUUCUGGCAUUUUUGAGAAUAUUCAAUAUGAAUGAAGGCCAGCUGGAUCAUUGGAUAAAAAGUAAUAAACCUGGGGAUUUGGAAUAUAUUGAAUGUGCCCUAGAUGUAUCUUUGGAGAAAAAAUCUUGGACAUUCUUGCAAACCAGGCUUAAAUUGUUAUUAGCAACCUAUCAAACAUCUUUGGAACAAGAUAAAAUAUUGCUAAAUGAAAGCAAAUUAUCACAUAAUACACAGUUAGCAAUAAACAUGAGGGCAUCAGAAAAAGAAAUUAUUUGGUGGACCUUAAAUUGGUUAGAGCAACAUGUUCGACAGUGAAAGGACUGAUUAAUUUAUUAUUAUUUUAAGUAGUAGUUUAUUCAGUUUGAAUAGUAGAGAUUCAAUAUUAUUUAAGAGUUACCUCAUUGGAUGCCAUAUUGUAAAAAAAUACCUCAUUUCAAAAAUUGUUAAUCAAUGCUUUGUAAGAUGAAUAAUAAAAAUUUACAAUAUUGA